AUGCAUCGGAGAACUGCAAUUCUUGGCAGGUUUUGGUUCCUGUUAGUAACCAAUGCAGCUUCCCUGGCAGAAAGUACCUGCAACUUCUCCACAGUCUCUGCUUCAGCUGUUAGCUCUGCCUGGCUCCUACCAUCAGCCUCUGGCACCCCUUAUCAACCACUUGUGGGUAGUGCCUACCCUUACCAACAAAUUAACACAGGAAUGCUGUCUGGAGUGUCAGUCCAGAACCAGACUUUCACUUCAACUGCUUCCUACCACCCACUAUUAUUCAGUGGGAUAUUACUGGAAGUGCUCAAAAUACGUCCUCUACCCGUGGAGGCUUCACUAUGGACUGUCACUGACCAAAACACAGCUGUCUCUUCCAUGUCAGUAGCAGCUCAGUACCCUAACAUCUCACAUACCACCAGCACAGUGCCUCUGUACACAUACCCAACUUUUCAGGCAGACUUGUCAAGAGGACACCACCUCAGGGGUCCACAUCACACUCAGAGGCCUGGGAGUCCAGCCCCCAAAUGCCUUAUCCCUCGGCCUCCACCUCUUGACUUCUACAACUCUGUGUCUGCCUCAGCCCAUCACAGAAUCAAGAUUUCAAGCCCUGAUUUACACCAAAUCCUGACCUCCUUUGAUCCUCUGGACCAAGAAAAGCAGGUUGCUUCUGAAAACAAGGGCCUGGGAAAGAGUCAAAAGUUCUAUGAAGAUGAUGUAGCACUGGAAAGUGACACAGACUCUAGUAGCAGUCUGGCAGAUAUCACCACCUUGGAAGAAAUAAAUUGUCCCCUCACUCUUAGAGUCCUUGCCAAGACCGUGGACCAAAACAACUCUCUCCAAGAAAUUGACACCAAACAAAAUAUCACAAUUGCCACCACCUGCAAGGUCAAAUUAAUACCUUUGCCAUUUUUCGCCUCGGAGAAGCCACCACCUGUUUCUCGGCGGCGGCCAAGACCACAACAUCUGGCUGCUAGUGUUCCUGCUGCAUCUCAGCCUACCAGGCCUGGUUCUUCUCAGUGCCCACUCAACCAAUGCUGUGAGGAUGAGAAGACGACAGAAAAGGACAGAAGCUACAUUACUAGUUCAGAAGAGGAAUUUGUAUCCUUUAGCAUAGGUAGAAGGAAACAGAAUCUUCCCCGGGAGUGCUUGCUUGGCCCAGGGAAUGCGCACAGCUCGCGGGCCCUGGCAUUGAGCUGGCGUCCGGCGACUUGGCACCCGGGCCUGGAUAUGGGGCGUCUAAAUCGUCCCAGGAGCAGCAGCAGCACCAGCCCCAGAAACCUCCCGCAUCUGUUUCUCUUCUUCCUCUUCGUGGGACCCUUCAACUGCCUCGCGAGUUACAGUCGGGCCACGGAGCUCCUGUACAGCCUGAACGAGGGACUCCCUGCCGGAGUGCUCAUUGGCAGUCUGGCCCAGGACCUUCGUCUGGUGCCCCCUGCUCCCACCGGGAGAAACAAGCCGCAGUGGCAGCCACCUGAGCGCUUGGGUGCUGAGCUGAAUCCCCCUCUGUCCUUCAGCCUGGCCUCCCGGGGACUGAGUGGCCAGUAUGUUACCCUGGACAACCGCUCCGGGGAGCUGCACACGUCAACACAGGAGAUUGAUCGUGAGGCCCUGUGUCUGGAAGGGGGUGCAGGGGCUGCCUGGGGCGCCAGCAUCUCCAUUUCCUCCUCCCCUUCCCAGGACCAGUGUCUUUUGCUUCUGGAUGUCCUGGUCCUGCCUCAGGAAUACUUCAGGUUUGUGAAGGUGAAAAUUGCAAUCCGGGACAUCAAUGACAAUGCUCCACAGUUCCCUGUGUCUCAGAUCUCCGUGUGGGUCCCAGAAAAUGCACCUAUAAAUACUCGUCUCGCCAUAGAGCAUCCUGCCACCGACCCAGAUGUAGGAACGAAUGGGGUUCAGACCUACCGCCUCCUGGAUUACCAUCGCAUGUUCACCCUGGAUGUGGAAGAGAAUGAAAAUGGGGAGCGCACCCCCUACCUGAUUGUCAUGGGCCUGUUGGAUAGGGAGACUCAGGACCAGUAUGUGAGCAUCAUCAUAGCCGAGGAUGGUGGAUCUCCACCUCUACUGGGUAGUGCCACACUCACUAUUGGCAUAAGUGACAUUAAUGACAAUUGCCCUCUUUUUACUGAGUCACAAAUCAAUGUCACGGUGUAUGGGAAUGCUACAGUGGGCACACCGAUCGCGGCUGUCGAGGCUGUGGAUAUAGACUUGGGAAUCAAUGCUCAGAUCACCUAUUCUUACAGCCAAAAAGUUCCACAGGCUUCCAAGGAUUUAUUUCACCUGGAUGAAAACACUGGAGUCAUUAAACUUUUUAAUAAGAUUGGAGAAAAUGUUCUACAGACACAUAAGCUCACUAUCCUUGCUAAUGGGCCUGGCUGCAUCCCUGCCGUGAUUACUGCCCUAGUGACCAUCAUCAAAGUAAUUUUCAGACCACCUGAAAUUGUUCCUCGUUAUAUAGCAAAUGAGGUAGACGGUGUUGUUUACCUAAAGGAACUGGAACCUGUGAACACCCCAAUUGCCUUCUUCACCAUUCGAGAUCCAGAAGACAAAUACAAGGUGAACUGCUACCUGGAUGGCGAUGGGCCAUUUAAGUUAUCACCCUACAAACCAUACAGCAAUGAAUAUUUGCUGGAAACCACAAAACCUUUGGACUACGAACUACAGCAGCUAUAUGACGUAUCUGUGGUGGCCUGGAAUUCUGAGGGAUUUCAUGUCAAAAAAAUUCUUAAAGUGCAACUCUUAGAUGACAAUGAUAAUGCUCCUAUUUUCCCUCAACCCUUGAUAGAACUCACAAUCGAAGAAAACAACACACCCAAUGCCUUUUUGACUAAACUCUAUGCUACAGAUGCAGAUAGUGGAGAGAGAGGACAAGUUUCUUAUUUUCUGGGACCUGAUGCUCCAUCUUAUUUUUCUUUAGACAAUGUCACAGGAAUUCUCACUGUUUCUACUCAGCUGGACAGAGAAGAGAAAGAAAAAUAUAGAUACACAGUUAGAGCUGUGGACUCUGGGAAGCCACCAAGGGAGUCUGUAGCCACUGUGACUCUCACGGUAUUGGAUAAAAAUGACAAUAGCCCACGGUUUAUCAACAAGGAUUUCAGCUUUUUUGUGCCAGAGAACUUCCCAGGAUAUGGUGAAAUCGGUGUAAUUAGUGUCACAGAUGCUGAUGCUGGGCGGAAUGGAUGGGUGGCCCUCUCAGUGGUAAACCAGAGUGAUAUUUUUGUCAUAGACACGGGAAAGGGCAUGUUAAGAGCCAAAGUGUCUUUGGACAGAGAGCAGCAAAGUUCCUAUACUUUAUGGGUUGAAGCUGUGGAUGGGGGUGAGCCUGCACUCUCCUCCUCUGUAAAAAUUACCAUUCUCCUUCUUGAUAUCAAUGACAAUCCUCCUCUGGUUUUAUUUCCUCAGUCUAACAUGUCUUAUCUGUUGGUACUACCUUCUACUCUCCCUGGCUCCCCAGUUACAGAGGUCUAUGCAGUUGAUAAGGACACAGGCAUGAAUGCUGUUAUAGCUUACAGCAUCAUAGGAAGAAGAGGCCCAAGACCUGAGUCUUUUAGAAUCGAUCCUAAAACUGGCAACAUAACUCUGGAAGAGGCAUUGCUACAGACAGAUUACGGGUUGCAUCGUUUGCUGGUGAAAGUGAGUGAUCAUGGUUAUCCUGAACCUCUACACUCUACGGUCAUGGUCAAUUUAUUUGUCAAUGAUACUGUCAGUAAUGAGAGUUACAUUGAGAGUCUUUUAAGAAAGGAGCCAGACAUUAAUAUAGAGGAGAAAGAACCACAGAUCUCAAUAGAACCAACUCACAGGAAGGCCGAAUCUAUUUCCUGCAUGCCUACCUUAGUAGCACUGUCUAUAAUAAGCCUGGGUUCUAUCACACUGAUCACAGCAAUGGGCAUCUACAUCUGUUUAAGGAGAGGGAAAAAAUAUCACAGGGAAGUUGAAAAUUUGGAAGUACAAAUUCCACUGAAAGGAAAAAUUGAUUUACAUAUGAGAGAGAGGAAACCAAUGGAUAUUUCUAACAUUUGACAUUUUAUUGUGGAAUAACACAAAGAGGCUUAAUUAACUUUGGGUAUACUUUGCCACCUAAGCAAGAUGUGUAUGGAUGGUAGUUCCAAUGAAGGACAAGUAAUUUAUAACUUGUACUAUAUUGUAAAUGGAUGUUUACAGGUUUUUAAAUUUAAAAUCAGAGGUUAUAAAAUGUGUACAGCAUUUUCUAAUAAAAUUAGUACUAACAGCUAUAAAACUGUUAUUAAAAGAAAGUUUGAAUGUGAUUUGCAGUUUUCAUACAACAAACAUGAUUACUAAAACCAGGCAGCAUAGGUAAGAAAAUGGUCAUUUUUUUUCUUUAAAAAGUCCUUUAACCACAAGAGGGCAUCCACUGCUCCUUUGAAAGGAACAGUUUUGAGGUAUUGUACAUGACAGUUGUUGUACAUGAAAUUAAUGAGAGUAUAUUUUAAAUAUAUUGUUUUUAACAUGUAACACAUGCAAUUAAAAUAAAUUUUAAUCUAGCUAAAUGUAUAAGAAAGAAAAAGGAUACAUUUAUAAAUAGAAAGUUUAUUACCUCAUGAGUACAUUACUGUAGUUUCAAAGAGAAGGCAUUUUUGAGAAGGUACACUUCUUUUUAGCAAGAAUUAAGACCUUGCCAUGUGCUGAUGUUCCUACCUGCUGAAGAAUAUCUCACAUACUUUGUAUUCUUAUUGCUUUCAGCUUUCAGAGCUUUCAGCUCUCCUAUUGCACUUGUUUCAUCACAGGGGGAGAAAUCUACUGAACAUAUAAUUAGAAAGUGUGUCCACAAAACACAGCCAGAAGCAAAGAAAUGUUGCAAUCCUUAGUUGGUUUCAUAAGUGUUCUUGAUAUUUGGGUAUUUUAAUUUUAUUAGUAGUACUUUUAUACUUUGUUUACAUACUAGAUUUUUGUAAGUUUCAACUCAUCCUUUACAUAAAAAAGGAAAUUAUAUUAAAAUAAAAUUAGGCCAGAAGCGAGUGUGCACUAUUUGUUGUUUAAUUCAGCCUUUUAUAUGAAAAUUGUACUUAGCGUUUUGUGUUGUUGAGGACUGUGGGCUAUGGUUCUGGCUUCCUUUCUCUGGCUUUGGAUUAAGGCCAAGACUUAUUUGCUAGUGCAGCAGCUUAUUUCUUUGGUAAUUUAAGUUUUACUGAUUCCUUUAAAAUGAAACAAAUUGGAUCACCAGUAAGUGAUUACAUCCACAUCAUUGUGCAAACUGAAAAAAUUUUAUUUUACAUGAGACCUACAGUAAAUUUGUAUGUAUAAAUAAGGAAUGUGUUAGCUUAAACUGAAUCAUUCUGCUUUUGUCAUCAUUGUCUCUGUACUGUACCAAAAUUGUUUUUAUGUCUGAAAAUUAAAGGUAUAUAUUUUCAUAAA